UUGUUAUAUAUUGUAUUCGUGUAUGCUUGCGCGUGUGUUCCACAUUCCUUUAAGCUACAACCUCGACCCUAAUUAAUCAAUCAUGGCGGCAAGAUUGUUCCAGAUUAAACGAGUGAUUUCUCUCCUUUCUCAUAAUCGGUUUCAAAAAUCUUCUUUCUUGAAAGAACCCUCUAGGCAGUUGUUUCCUUCAGCAAGUGUACUGUUUAACAGACAUGAAUAUCAUAGAAGAGGACUGAAAACACUAACAAAUCCUACCAGUGUGGUUAAUGAGGAUCUGGAAAAUCAUGAGAUUGGCAGUUUGAAGCCCACUGGUGACGGUUCUGCUGUGAAGCAUACUGCUGUUUCCAACUUGAAGACAUCCCCGAGGCAUGAUCUUGCUAUGAUUUUUACUUGCAAGGUGUGUGAAACAAGAUCUGUGAAGACAAUUUGUCGUGAAUCUUAUGAGAAAGGUGUGGUGGUGGCACGCUGUGGUGGCUGUAAUAAUCUGCACUUGAUUGCAGAUCGCCUUGGAUGGUUUGGAGAACCAGGAAGUGUUGAGGAAUUCCUUGCCGCACGAGGGGAAGAAGUGAAGAAAGGUUCUUCUGAUACAUUAAAUCUAACACUUGAAGAUUUAGCAGGAAAGGGAAACUUGAAAGACUGAUAUAUCCAGCUACCUAUAACAAUAUAUAGGAUAUGCGACUAUAGUUGAGUUACUCCACUUUUUUUGUCAAAUCUGUAAUUACCAUUGUUGCAUGGCAACCUAAUCACAUAAUGGUAUGUGUGGUAGAUGUAGCCUUCUUAGACAUUGAGGGUAGCUGUCUUAUACUUACGUGUGUAAUUCUGAAAAUUUAUGCAGCAAGUUCUGAUUGGCAUUGUACUUGAA